CCAUGGAGACUAGAGUACAGGAGUCCAAUCUUUAAGACGGAGAGGCAGAAAAGGCGUCCGCGAAACUCCGAGAUUUAAUAGUGCAUGGUUUUAUCAACAGCGUCGCUCCGGACGUUCUGAUCCUAUAACUAUCGGUCCAGAGUGACGACAGCGCCGCUGUAGCGGAACCCUUAUUUCUCAUGAUUUCGCGGACACAUCUUCAAUACAGAGAUUGAACUCCUGUACUCUAGUCUCCGUAGCGCAGUCAGUCUGAAAGCGAAGCCCGAAUGAAGCGGUUAAAGAAUAGUAAGAUGCAUACAUUCCACCACAGUGAAGAUCGUGAAUGGUGAAAUCGUGAAGUGUGAUUAUUAUAACAAGGGGAUAAAUUAUUAAUAGAGUUUUCACAGCAACAGUGUCAUAAUAAACUAAGUACAAUAUAACAACAACACCAAUAAUAAUAACAAUAAACCAAGUUGCGUAAUUAGCAACAGUGAAGAGCUGCUGUUGCAAAACGUCCGAGAGGUAAUGAUGCAGUCAAACUACUGCUCCAGAAGUUAGAGAAUCUUACAGAUAUUAUUAUCGGCAUCCUGCCUCCUACGCUGCAGCCAGUCACACCCCUAACGCUAAGAUGACAUAGGAUGGGUUGGGCGGCGCUCGGGCGGCGUGCAGGUGGUGGCAGCCGCCCCCCUGUCUCCCCCCUCCUGUCGCUGUCUAUCGCCUCCCUCGUUGGCUCCUUCACCCUAGCCAUUAUCUGCAUCCUCACCCUCACCCUCACCUUGGCGACCCUGGCUCACGCCGAUGACAUCUUCGAGGAGGGGAAAUCGGACAAGGAAAUCCUGGACAACCUGCUGCUGUCGACCAGAUACGACAAGCGGCUUCUGCCUCCGGUUCAAGGUACUCUGCGGCCCCCGCCCCACACCCGCCAAGAUGACUACACCCCCGACCUCGAACCCCAUGACCCAGACCACCCCGAGCACCUCCACCACCACAGGCACAACCAUCAUCAUCACCAUCAUCAAACAUCACCACACAAUCACAGCACACAACAAACUCCCCGACGAAAGGGCACUCUGACCGUGAAUGUAAGCGUGCUGCUAUUGAGUCUGGCUUCGCCGGACGAAUCAAGCUUGAAAUAUGAGGUAGAGUUCCUCCUGCAGCAGCAGUGGUACGACCCGCGUCUGCGUUACAGCAAUCGUUCAAGCUACGAAUUCCUGAAUGCAAUUCACCACCACAACGAUAUCUGGCUACCGGAUACCUACUUCAUUAUGCAUGGAGACUUUAAGGAUCCCCUAAUACCGGUGCACUUCGCCCUGAGGAUAUACAGGAACGGGACUGUGAACUACCUGAUGAGGCGUCACCUCAUACUUUCGUGCCAGGGUAGGCUCAACAUAUUUCCCUUCGACGAUCCAAUGUGUUCAUUCGCCAUCGAAAGCAUUUCGUACGAGCAAACGGCGAUAACCUACGUUUGGAAGAACGACGAAGGAACUCUUCGCACCAGCCCGAGUCUGACCACCCUGAACGCAUAUCUCAUUCAGAACCGAACCAUACCCUGCCCCAUCAAAGCCAGCUGGAGGGCUGACGGACAGCUGAUACCUGACUACGAGGAUGAUGAUGAAUUCGAUGAAUUUGGGGACUCAAAGUGUUCGCUGUGCCAGCGCAGGUUUGAGGAACAAGGUAAUUACAGUUGCUUGAAAGUUGAUCUCAUUUUCACGAGAGAUCGAGCAUUCUACUUCACCACCGUCUUUAUACCCGGAAUCAUCCUGGUCACGAGCUCUUUCAUCACGUUCUGGCUCGAGUGGAACGCGGUGCCAGCGCGGGUCAUGAUUGGGGUGACUACGAUGCUCAAUUUUUUCACAACCUCAAAUGGCUUCCGCUCGACGCUUCCGGUCGUGUCAAAUUUGACUGCGAUGAACGUAUGGGAUGGUGUCUGCAUGUGCUUCAUUUACGCCAGCCUCCUCGAAUUCGUAUGCGUGAAUUACGUGGGCAGGAAACGGCCUCUUCACAAUGUCGUCUAUCGCCCAGGCGAGAAUCCCGUCACCCAGCGGCUCCCGGCGGUGCUCAGCAGGAUAGGCAUAAUAUUGGCCAGCCCCCUGGGCGACAAGAAACGGGAGGGUGGCGGUGCAACGGUACCAGGUGGUGGAGGAGGGGCGCCGAAUGAAAUCGUCACCUGCACAAAUUGCGGACCAAAUCCAUGCACGCACACAGCUACGAACGGAUGUGCAGCCGAGUGCUGCUUUGUGCAGGUGAGAAAAAAGGAGCCGCCGCAUCCGAUAAGAGUGGCAAAAACGAUCGACGUCAUAGCGAGGAUCACGUUUCCGACAGCCUACGCCGUGUUCCUAAUAUUCUUCUUCAUCCACUACAAGGGAUUCUCCUAGACUCUGGUUAAUCUACGGUUGAAAAUACAACGACGAAAUUUCAAACCCUGAACGAGUUACGCGAAUUAUGCACGGAACGUACCGAUUUGUGGCCGGCACGCUUUGCGAAGAUUAAUUAUCGACGAGUCGAUAAUUGCUGCCAAUAUCACGUUUUACCGAAGAAAAACGAAGAAGAUUAAAACAAUAUACCGCGCGAAUUAAAAUCAACUCGUUCCUGAUGCGUUACUUAUACACAUACACACGUGACAUUAUUAUAAUAGCAAUAAGAAUUAUACAGUGCGUACACAUACCUAGUAUAUAUAAUAAUAAUGAUAAUCAAUGAACAGUUCGUAUAUGAUUGAAAUGCGAAAAAAUAUACCGACGUAACUAGAAGAAGGAAAGACCGAAAUUAAAUGUGAAUGAAUCGAAAUCAUUGUGCAAUAAAUGCUUGAUUUAAAGAAAAAACACCAAAAACAAAAGGAACAUCGGGCAAAAUGUAUUUCAUGGACCAUUAUAAUUUACGGUAUCGUAAUAAGAGCGCCACUUUACAAUUACACUUUACACUCACAGUAUAAUAUAAUGUCAUGUGUAUAUUAUACAAUUGCAUAUGCACAGAUAUAAUGCGUAAUUUGCGGUAGUUAUCGAUAAUAUAAAAAUAAACUUAAGAGGAAGAAGUUUGAUAAUCUUACGUCGAAUUAUUCGAUUAUUAUAGGUGACAUACUACGUCACACGCAUAAAUAUAUGACGAAUAAUCCCACGCAGCGUUAAGAAUUAUGAAAAUGUAACGAGAAUUUUGCUGAAAUUAUUUUCAAAAUACUUUGAUCUGAAUACCUUCAAAAUCCGAUAUUUCUGAACAAUUCGGUGACAAAUUCUUCUUUUCUGAAGAAGAAUUUCAUUUGACGGAUAAUGUAUAAUAACUUGUAACAAAGGAAGCAUAAUCGCAUGAUUUUAUAGUAGCGAGCUUUGAAAAAUAUUACGCGACUUAGAUUUCAACGGAUUGUUGAUAAUUGCAUCAUAUUUUACACGUGGAUUACACUCGAUGAUCGGCAAUACAAAUUGUACUAUUUAAUAUGAUAAAUGAUACGGAACCGCAAUUGAUAUUAUAUAAUUGUUGUAAUAUUACCCAUAUAAAUAUCGGUGAAAAUUAAUUACACGUUAUAAUAGCCUUAACUGUUGCGGCAAAAAGUGCUUGAUCAAUUAUUCGAUUUUAGUAGUCUAUAACAAUUUGUCGACUGUCGGAACUACGAAAAGUAAAGAUUGGGGAGUAGAAAAAUAACGGAAAUAGUCAAAUUUGUACAAUGUAUGCAUUUUUCGCAAACACUGUACGUGUAUAAUGUGAAAAUAGUGAAACGUAACCUAAAACUUCCCGUACGCGUUUAUACGGUUCGAAUAUUUUCAUUUACAAUCGCGGCGACAAAACGUCAUAAUAAUUGGUACAAUAUAAUGCAUCUCGAUACGGUUCACAACAAAUGCGGGCGAAAUUUGAAAACUUUCACCAGAUUCUAAACUUGUACAUACUAAUAUUUAUAAUAUUUUAUCGAAAAGAAUAAAGUUUUUCAUAAUUCAUAAUUAUCGAUACAAUAAAUAAUGAAGGUUAAACCUGUACUCUGAGUCUUGUAAUGUACGGGGAUAUUGAGGGACGGGUGAUGGUCAAGCUGUCGAUCAAGUAAUAUUGGCACGACACGACGCAACACGAUUGAUUUUGCGCACUCCUUGCAGCCUUAUAAAUAAAUGUUAAUAAGGGUGAGAAAUAAAAAAAAAAAAAAAAAAAAAACAUAGCAAAUACUCGACGAAAAGAACCAGAAACUGAAAGGAGAGAUUUCAAAAGUUAAAUUAAAAUUCGUCAUCACAUUUGCUAAAAUUAAUUUUAAUAAUAAUAUUAAUAAUGAUGAUAAAAAUUUACUAUAUAAAUAUCAUAAAUCAAUUAAUCACAAAAUACGUGCAUAUAAAUAAGGAUACAAUGAAAGUAAAGAAAGAAAAUACCAAAGAAACAAUUAUUAUGUGGUGCUUUUUAAACGCUACGCUUUACAUCCAAAAUAUAUAAAUAGUAAAUGAAUGAUAAAUAAGCUUGAGUAUUAUAUAAUAUGGUAAAAAAAAUAACUAACGAACUAUUAUAAUAUAAAAGGAAAAUUAUGAAAUUUUAUUUCUGUAGCUUGAGUUAUUACCGAUUAUGGUUAUUGUCACUAUCAUUAUCACUUUCGAACUUAACACGAUCGUCAUUACUGAAAGCCAUACGUACUGUUUGUACCCAAUAUGUUACAGCAAUAUAUAUUAAUACACAGACCAAUCAAUCCGCAUAUAAAAACAAUGUUUGCAUUGAAUAGCUUAAUGAUAAUUGAUAUAGUAUUAGAGAUUUUAGUAUGUAGGGUGAACGAAGAAGGAUGGUAGAAAAGUAAGAAAGAAAGAAAGAAAAAAAAACGCGUAUAAGUCUCUAAUUGUAAGUUACAAUUUUACAUUUCAAGAUUAUA